AUGUUUCGGAGGAUAUGUCCCCGGCAUCUGAUUUCAUGUAGAAGAGCGCUCUCAGUGGUGAUAUACCCCGCUGCAGUUUCUUUUCCAUCGAUUACCUCUGCUUCGACACGAUUUUUGAACUUAAAUGGCAGUAUUGGGAUCUGCACUUCUCAACAUAUUGUGAAGGUGAAAGUAAAACUAGGCGAGAAUCAAAAUGAGCCUGGCAACAAAAUUGCAACUAUACCGAAUGCUUUAUGCUUAUUCAGAAUUGGAUUGACACCAUUAAUUGGAUAUUUAAUAGUAAAAGAAUCCCACAUGACUGCACUGGCCUUAUUUGCCGUCAGUGGAAUAACGGACUGGUUGGAUGGAUAUAUUGCGCGAAACGUUCGGAAUCAAAGUUCGCUGGUUGGUAGUAUAAUUGAUCCUGUGGCUGAUAAAUUACUCAUCACAACCGUUUUUGUUGCCCUCACUUACGUCAAACUUAUUCCUUUGGCGCUUACCGUUCUGGUUAUUUUACGAGAUAUUGGCCUUAUUAUUGGUGGAGCUGUGACUAGAUACAAAACAAUGGAAAGACCGAUAACACUGGUUCGGUAUUUCAGUCCAUCUAUUUCACCACUUCAAGUCACACCAACGUCUGUCAGUAAGGUAAAUACGGCACUUCAAAUGUGUGCAAUCGCUGGAAGCCUAGCAGCCCCUUUAUUAGGCUUUACAAGUCAUCCCUUUCUAACUUAUAUUUAUUGUGCUACUGCAGCAACAACAAUGUAUUCAGGAUUUCAAUACGCACGACUGACCAGGAUGAAGCCGAUAAAGAAAGGAUAG